GUCACAUAUUUUUUCUAUUUAUUAUUUAAUAAGCUAUUUAUUUGUAUUUAUUUCUUAUUUAUCUCCUUUCAAGGCUACCUUGAACUUUUUCUUCCAAAUGUUUUUGAUUCCAAACCAUCCUUUUUCUUACCUAUCUUCUUUAUUCUUAAUUUUUUAUCUUCAUUUCUCUUUAUCAUUCUACCUCCCUGACUCCAACCCACUUUUAUCCUUUAAUAAUCAAGUCAGAGAAGUGCAUCUCUACACAGAAAACCAUAGACGUGGGAUGUAUCUGCAGAUGACCGCAGAUGGGAGAGUGACAGGGAGUGAUGCUCAGACUCCUUACAGUGUCCUGCAGCUGAAAUCUGUUAAACCAGGACAUGUAGUCAUCAAGGGACUAUCAUCAUCCCUGUUCCUCUGUGUGGACAGCGGAGGCCAUCUGAGAGGGCAGAGUCAGUACUCAGAGUCUGACUGCGCCUUCAAAGAGCUGCUGCUGGCCGAUGGAUACACCCGUUUCCUGUCCUCACACUAUGGAUUUCCGGUGUCGCUGGCAUCAAAACAUUCCCCAGAUCGACUCUCAGUCCCUUUCACUCGAUUCCUACCAAUCAGGAACACUUUGACGGAGGAGAGUGUGUCUGAGCAACCGACAAACACUGAGAGAACUUUCAACAUGGACUCUGGUGACCUUCUUGGAAUGGGUCUAAAUUCGUUGGUCAGUCCUCAGUUUUCAGUGAACAAGUAAGAACUGGACUGCACUGUUAUUGUAGCUUUAAAAUUCAUUAGAGACCAUGGAUCUGACUUUGCUAUGAGAUGAGUAGUUUGAUCUUUUUGGUUUAUCAUGUUUCUGUGAAGGCAGUAUUGAUCUAAGUUAUUUAUUUAUGUAUUUAUUGUGUAUUUCUAAUGGUUAUUUAAAGAUAUUUUUGACCACAGUUUCGAGAUUUUAUGGUUUUUAGUUUAAAAGUAUGUUUGUGUCUAAGGAACUGGCUCAUACUGCAACUGAUUUUGAUACAUGAGGCUUUUGGAGGUUCUCUAAGCUCAAGAGAAAGUCCAAUAAAUCUUACAUUGUACAAUUCAAGUGUAUUUAUGAAGCUGGAUAGAAUUUUUUAAUAAAAAAAUAACAUGAUAUAACCUUUGCUUGUCUAAAUGGAUCGUGCAAUGAUAAAUUAAUGUAAUUCAGUUAUUAGACAAAGCAGGAAGGAUGCAUUUGCCAAACAAGAAGAACAUAUUCUAGCUAGUGAUCAUCCGUCUUCUGAUCAAAAGUGAGGAAACAGGCCAAGAGCACUCUCUAGUGGACAAAUACAUAAUGACAUGAAGUAUUUCAAGUUCCCUGCACCACUUUGUGGGUUUUAGUAAAUGAGUCUACGUGUCAGAUAAAAUGUAUGUAUGUGUUAUUAACCGGCAGUAUUUUACUACGAUGUAGAGUCUCAGGGCAGCUGUCAGUUAUUUAACUAAUUCAGAGUAACUGCAGAUACGUGCAGUUACAUAAUACAUACAUACAUAAAUAACAAUUUUUGGGCUGUAUAACUUCAAUUGUCUUGACAAUAUGCUCUUUAAACACAAGCUGACUUGAUUUCAAAACUGUUACUCUGGUCAAGACUGCCACAUAUUUCAUAAACUCUAUUUGAAAUGAAGGCCUCUGGACUCAUUUCUUUUCUUCCAUGACUGUAGAUGAAGAGAGCUGCAGAUUUUUCAUUUAUAAAUAUGGUUCUUAUAUGAAGGUUUUCAAUAUAGAAUCAAAAGUGCAUCUACUGCAGCUAUAAUACAACAAAGUGCAGACUGUUUUAACAAUGUGUUUGCUGCUGUGAGGUUCAGUUCCUCCUUAAAAACACUGUCUGGUGAAAAUCAAGAUUUUUUAUCUUGUUUACAUGUCCAUAAUUUGUUUAUAUAUGCAAGAAGACAUAUCAUGGAAUAAGCAGUCAAUGCCAUGGCCAAGCGUUUCUACCUUGAAGCUGCAGGGAUUUGAAAAAAGUUAUCAGGAUAGUACAUAAUGUGGGACAUAAUAAGGACAUUAACCUUUGCCUUGAAAUUUACCGAUUUAGUUAAGUUUAGAACUGUACAAAUAAUGUCCAAAGCAAGCAACAUCUUCCUCCCUAAUAACAUACAACAAUUGCUCAGAAGUAAAAUUGCACAUUAUGAAUUAAGAAGAAAUUUUCAAUUAAAAAGCCAUUUGCUGGUAUCACUAUGAAGAGUGGAUGUUUAUCAGUAUGUGGGGAAAAUUAAUGGAAUAGUCUAGAUGACACAACAAGUAAUGUGGAAAGCUAAAUAUGUUCUGGA